AAUACAACCUUUGACCUGUAGCCUGGUACCUUACCAGCGUACGUGCGGAAAUAAGAUAAGCCACGAAAAGAGAUAAAGUUACAGACGAGGGGUGAAGUUCAGGCAACAAACCACGUCACCAACUUGCAGACGUAAGGUGGGGGCGUGUACAGAGGAGCGUCUGUAGGCGACUUGAAGCAGUGAAAUUCCUUACAGACAUUUUAAGAACCUGCGUCUUGGAUACAAUAUAGAGGCAACCUCAGAACGUGAGUCUUUGACCAAAAUUUCAUCAAAGACACUGCACGUCUAGGAGACGAUCCUGUAGACACUCACGAAUCACGACAAUGGAGACCAGACCUGAGCCCUUCAGUUGGUGGGUUGCUUUCCGAAACCCUGCCGAAAACUACCGAAACCACCCGACAUACCUGGUGCCUGACGUCAUCUUCCACGUCAUCGCAGCGCUUCUGCUCGUCCACGCGCUGCGGAGAGGAGGGCGGUAUCCCUGGCUGUACUUCUCCGCCCUGUCGCAUGGCGUGUUCACGGAGGUGUUCAGCUACUGGGUCCCGCAGAUCAACAACUUCUGGCACGGCCAGUCCACGGUCAUGUUCGCCGGCCAGCGCCUGCCGUCCUACAUCGUCUGCCAGUACAUAGCUGUGAUCUACACGUCCAGUGUCGCCGCUGCCCGCCUCAGACUCGGUGUGUUUGCCGGCGCAUGCGCCACAGCGCUAGUGGACUCCCUGUACUAUCACGUGUUUGACGUGACGGGAGUCAAGAUGCUGUGGUGGUCAUGGCAUGACACCGACCCGAACGUGUACGACCGAACCUACUGGGUGCCGUGGGGCAGUCCUUACUGGCGCCUUUCCUUCGCUUCCAGCUUCACUCUCCUGUUCCACGGGGUACACAGGCUGUUGGGUGGGCAGGGCAUGUUCCAAAGGAGCAGUCUGUUCGCUGAGCUGGGCAGCGCCGCCGUAGCGGUGUUCCUGACGUUUCCCGUCGGGGUGGCGACGCAGUUCGUCCCGCUGUUCCACGUGGUGAAGGACGUGCUCGGGGUGCACGCCGAGGUACCCGUGCUCAUGCUGGUCUGCAUCUUCGUGCUGAUUGUGUGGGGAGCGGAUCGGAGCCGGCCGGCGGAGGCCAGGACCAACACAGCCCGGCCCGGCUGGUUUGACGAGAUCGCCGUCUCCGUGCUGCUCAACUUCCUCACCAUGUGGGUGGUCGUCGCCAUGGCAACCCCCGAACACGCGCGUUCCAUCGGCCUGCACCAGCCGACCGGGCCGUGCAACGAGACGGAGGACAUGUACCUGGCCACGGGGCAGGUUGUUCAGAAAGGGAGGUACCUGUGCGUCACUGACUAUGAUGAGGGGUACUUCGACUGGCACUGCCUUCCCGGGGGUCAGCCCCCACCCCACGGGAUGGACUGGUACACGAUGUGCGGCACCCCGUACGCUAACCGUGCGGAGUACCUAGUCGUGGUGGGCGCCAUCGCCGCGUGCGGGAUAGCCGUGUACUACAAGCUGGUGGCCCUGUCUGCAGGAGACUAUGGGCAUGAUGGAAGCGGCAAGAAGAAAACUAAAACCCACUAACGUAAUGCUAGAUAGGGUGCUCGUUAUAAGAGAACAACCUACUGUGUAAUACGCGUAUUUAAUCGAAACUAUAUCCCAGUAAUGAAUGCCUUUUGACAGUGCACUAGUGUCCUGUUAGUUGAGAACAUGAGUUAGACGUUGAUUAGCUACCUAUUGUUUUCCUUCUUCAAAGGGAGUACAAUUUCUUUCUUUCUCUGCAUAUAUCUUAUAACAGGAGAAGUACAAAUUGUGUAAGACUGGGCUG